AUGGGCGAAACCAGACAGGUGGCUCUCGUAGUCGGUGCCUCGAGAGGCAUCGGUAGACAAAUCGCCAUUGACCUCGCGAAGAACGGCUAUGCUGUCGUCGUCGCAGCAAAGACAACCAGCGACGCAUCCAAGGCUGAUCCCUUUCCCCCGAAUCCCAAUUCACCGCAAUCGACCAUCAGCACGGUGGCCCGCGAGAUUCACGAGGCCGGCGGCGACGCAACGCCCAUCGCAGUCGACGUUCGAGACCAAGACAGCGUCGCUCGGUUGGUUGAAAAGACAAUCAAGAUUUACGCCCGCCUCGAUGUCUUAGUCUACAACUCAGGCGCAAUCUGGUGGGCCUCUGUCGAAGACACGCCCCCCAAACGCUUCCAGCUCAUGCAGCGCGUGAACCCAGAGGGCCUCUACCUGACCCUCCACGCCGCGCUCCCCCACCUGAAGCGCCAGCGGCGCGGCCGCGUCGUCGUCGUGAGCCCUCCCAUCUACAGCCGCUUCUUCCGGGGCAAGACGGCCUACGCCAUGGGCAAGGUCGGCAUGAGCGUGUUGACCAAGGGAUUGGCCAUGGACCUCGUUCGCCAGGGCUUGGACGAGAUGGCGAUUACAAGUAUCUGGCCCGCCGCUGCGAUUGAAUCCGCGGCAACGCAAACGUUCCAAGCCACCAACGCCGAAGAGUCAAAGGACCUGAGAAAGCCGACCAUCUUUUCCGACGCCAUCCUCGAGAUCCUACGCGCGCCUGCCGGAAAAGUAAACGGCGAGCUCGUCUUGGACGAAGACUUCUUGAGGGACCACGCCGGGGUCACAGACUUUUCAAAGUACUCUCUUGUACCGGGAUCUGAGCCGCGGAGAAUCAUGCCCGCAGAGCUGCCUGAUCUGAAAGUCAAAGAACAGGACGAUGAGGGGAAGAGGUAUGAUAGUAACAAAGCCAAGCUAUAA